AUGUACGAGUAUGACGGGACGGGAUGCGUUUCAAAAAGGUGCGCGUCAGCUCAGCAGAGUGCAAAUCCCAAGGCUGACACAAAACGCCAACACCAAGUCCGUCUCAUCCAGGUAGCAUUUUGCGCCAUGGAGAUUGACUGCGUGCAUCUGUGCGGGUUACCAGGGGGGUUACAGGAGACCUCAUGGUCAGUGGUAGGCACACGGAAGGAACCUCCUGGGGUGUUCAUAGGGGCGUCGAGAGUCGACGAUUCCACCGUCAUGCUCUCCAGGCAGUCGGACGGCGCAUCCACAUUCUCCGUGUCGUCUCGGACUCGGCUCCGCGCGUGGCCUCUGGGUCCGCCCACGCACCGUUUCGCGUCCCCGUGCGUCUCUGACCGCGCGUCCCGCCACCACUACGCGCUGCUCCAGAGGAGUGCGGACGCGCCAGCGGCGGAAGCGCCAGGGGCGGGCGCGCCCGCAAGGGCGGAGGCGCAGGUGCUGGCGAGCUGGCCUUUCGGCGCGUCCUCCAUUGCGCCAUCCGCGCUCCUGCACAAGACAGGCGCGGCGGACGGUUGCCACGUGGUGGAAGUUGAUAGGCCGAUCGUCCGCCUGUUUCCUCUGACUGCGACGGGAUUCGCCGACACUGUCAGCGCGCCUCUCUCAGCCUUCUCUCUGAUCCUUCUCUACCUUCCCCCCUCCGUUCCGCACCCAUCUCUCACACCACCGGACGGGACGAAACCUGCAGACCAAACCACACCUGGCAGCAGCACCACCACCGCUGCCGCCACUCCUACUGCUUCUGCCAACACCUCUAGCAUACCUUCCUCCCCCCAAUCCUCCGGGGGUGUUCUCGCUCUCUGCGCGGAUGGCUCCAUUCGAACCUACUCGCCGAACCUCUCCCUGAACUUCUCGCUCACCGAGCCUGCGGACGGACCUAAGAUCCGGGUGGAGGCGUCAGGCUCGGGGAGUUGGCUUGGGCACAAGGGGGAAGGGAAGCAGGGGAGUGAGUGGGUCUUGGCAGUGGUGGGUGUAGAGGAAGGGGAGGGGGGGAGUGAGGGAAACAGCAAGAGCGGCAGGGGCGGAACGGCAAGAAUUGCGAGGGUGUACCAUGUGGCAUGUGCGGCGGGCGAUGCGGCCAUGGCUGAUGUGGAUGUGAUGGCGCGAGGCGACGGGCAUGGGGAUGCGCCUGUGGUGAAGGUGACUCUAGUGAAGGCCUUCAGAGUCAGGGGCCCUCGGCAGGAGGGGGGGGAGGAGGAAACGGAGGAGGAGGACGAGGAAGGAGGGGAGGAAGCAGGGCCUGCAGUGGUGUCACUGUGCGUGGGUGAUGCAGGCGAGAUCAUGCUCCUAUGGAGUGAUGCCACGUGUCAGUGCUUCCCCAACACCAUUCCACCUCAAACCCCGUCACCUGACACCUCCAAAGACGCCGUUCCCCCCCCCACUUUCCUGGAAGCAUCCCUGACACGAAGCCUCGCAGUGGCGGCAACGCGGGUGGUAUCUGGGGGCGGUGUCACUCAUCACCCAAACUCAAAGCCCUCGUCGGCCCAUGCGAGGGUAACAGCAGCAAUCAUGACUGCAGUGCCUGGGACCCGCUACUGUCUUGUACUCGCUGCCAAGCCCCCUUCCCACACCAAACCCACUGUGAGCGCCACCGACAAUGCAGCCUCCGCUCACCUGCCCCUCUACACCAUUGCGUUGGAUACCCUCUUUGGCUGUGUGCACGCCUGCACCCCUCUCCCCUCCUCCUGCUCCCUCCCCGCCUCCGUCCCCCCCUCGCCCCUCCCGUUGCCGCUCAUUCACGCGGAAUGGGUGGGGCCUUCCCCAGAAGACGCCUCCCUGCUGGUUACCACGCCAACCGCCCUGCACUCCUUGCAUGUGCACUGCCCCCCUCUCUCCCUGGCCUCGGUUCUAGGGGCUUUUCAACCCGCUGUGCCCCUGCUCUUGCCCACCGAACCUGCUGCCGAGCCUCCUUCCGGAGCAGCCAGGACUGAUUCGGCAAAAGUACGGGGGGUGCCUGCAGCAGGUGUGGUGACUGCUGGGUGGGGUGGUUUGGCUGCUUCUGCUGCUAGGGCGGCUGGUUUGGCGCUAGCAGACAAAUCUGGGCCGGGUCACAGCAAUCCACUACAGCCGACUGGGUGGUUUGUGGGGCCCACUUUGCAUGACUCGGGGUUGGUGAAGAACCUUCCAGGAAAGGACGUGGGGAAAGAGAGGCAGGAAGAAGAGGAAUUGGGAGGAGGAUCAAAACCAGGAGUUGGGCAAGUGAAGCAGAAACGGAAAGAGAAGAAAAAGGCCAAGAAGUCACGUGGGAAGGCGAGGUUUGGAAAGUUGCACAUGGCCCUGAACCUGUCCCGAGCUACGGAUGGCAAUGGGCGGCAAUGGUUGUCUUUUGUGGGGAGUGAGGCGGAGGUGGCCUUGCUCAAUGCUCUGGAAGGCAUGGCUGUGCGGGACGAGGAGGGGGUGGAGGGCGGGAAGAAAGUAGGUAGUGAAGGUGUUGAGAAUGGGGAGGAAAGGGAGGAGGGAGAGGAAAUGGAAGAGGACGAGGUGGAAGAGGAGAAAGAGGAGAUGGAGGAGGAUGAGGAAGAGGAGGAUGGGGAAGAGGAGGAUGGGGAAGAGGAGGAUGGGGAUGAGGAGGAUGGGGAUGAGGAGGAUGGGGAAGAGGAGGAAGAGGAAGAGAAUGAAGAGGGAGAAGAGGGAGAGGAGGGGGACGAGGAAGCAGGAGAGGAAAAGGAUGCAUACGAGAGAGCUUUGGAGGAGGCAGAUGGCAUGACGGGGAGCAACAAAAUGGGGCGGAGGAGAGGGAGAGAUCCUUCCUUGGCUGAGCAACACAGGCUGGCCCAUCUCAUCCUGGACUGUGCCAAGCGGCUGACUGAAGAGAGCGGGCUCACACCCCCAGCAGCCGCAGCAGCCAUGGCUGCUCUGAGUCCGGACCACCAGCCGCUUGCUGCGUCGGUGACGGAAUGCGUGAGGCUGUUCUCGCCCUCGGUCGUGUCAGCGCUGACUCAGCACGCGCUGGCACGCUCCCACCGCAUGCUGCUCCGAGCCAUCGUCAGCUCUGGCCAGGUCACGUCGGCGCUGUGCCCGAACCUGGUGCCGAGCCUGGUGGCUCGGCGGGAGGUGCUGUUACUGGAGGUGUGUGUGGUGCACAUGGGCGACCUGCCUCCCAGACACCUGGCUCUCAUUCUCCGCCUGCUGCUGGAUGAUGCCCUGGCGGCCAGUGAGCAUGCAGGCGAGCAGCAGGCAGGCAGUGAUGCAGAGAAAGGGAGAAGUGCGGAUGAGGAGGAGGGGGUGGGCGGGAAGGGAGGAGGGGUGCAGGGUGGGCUGGGGUUUGUGAGGAGCAGAGUGGCGGAGUUGAGGAGGCUGAGGGGCCGGAGGGCCGUGGCAGAUGUACGGUCAGUGCUGGCCGGUGCAGAUAUGCGGUUUAAGAACUCUAAGAAAGCCAAUCAUGCCGGGCUUCAGUCCUCGCUGGCAGCUGCGCUGACAUCAUCUGCUGAGCUGGACGCGUUUACGGACGCUGAGCUCAUCCUCCACACAGUUGUCGCCGUCCCAUUCGACGAUACGAUUCUCGCAGCUGCCCUGGCGCCUCUCUCUCUCCCGCACGUCCGCUUCCUCUUUUCAUACUUUGCCAAAUGGGUUGACGUGUACGCGGCUCGGGGAUUCGCUGUUGAGCUCUUUGCCUACUCUGUCUUCGGGGCCCGGCCGUUCCUCCCUGUACCGCGUUUGGAAAGAAUCUUCGCGUGGGUGUCGACACUGGUGGAUUGCCACAUCACACGCCUCCUCAUGCUCCCGGACUGCUUGGAGCCAAUCGCGCGCCUCCACCGCCGCGUCAUGGAACAAGCGGCAGUGGAUAGGAGGCUCACGUCGGUGGUUGGGUUUGUGCCGCACAUCCUGGCGGGCCUGCCUCUCCCGGAGAAGCACCCUAAUGGGUUUGGUAAUGGUGGUGGUGAUGGUAUUGUGGGUGUUGAGGAAUCUGGGCUGACUGUGCAGGUUGUGGAGUUGUGA